AUGUCACAACAAGAGGAGCAGCUUCCAACACAGCCAGAAGAUCUUGCAAAUUUCAUGGAUCAAAUCUUCAGCCAAAUGGAGUCCAAGUUCACUGAUAUGGCUCAGCAAGUUCUCAAACGCAUCGACGAAAUGAGUUCUAAAAUCAACGAACUGGAGAGCUCAAUCGACACCCUCAUGCAACAAGCAGAGCAGGAUAAAUAA